AUGCUCACUCUCACCACCCUCCACAAACUCUUUCUUUUUUCUUUCUCCACUUCAAUCAUUUUCUUCCCCACACCUUCAAUCUCUGUUUCUUCUGAUUCCUUAACAACAACCCAAAUCCUUAGAAUCAACCAAACCCUCUUGUCCCCAAACGGAAUUUUCCAACUGAGUUUCUUUUCCUACACAAAUUUUUCUUGGUACUUGGGAAUACGUUACACCAUAGAUAAUGACAGAACUGUGGUUUGGGUUGCAAACAGAAACACCCCAAUUCAGAAUCCUGAUUCUUUUCUCCAAUUAACAAACACAGGAAGCCUCGUUAUCAUAGAUCAAUCCAAUAAAACCAUUUGGGCCAGUAUUCAAAUCAAUAAAAGUUCAACCUUUAACAACAAAAACCCAAUUCUUCAGCUUUUGGAUUCUGGGAAUUUGGUCGUAACUGUAACAGAAUCACCAAACGAAAACGACCCAUCAAAAAAUCUAUGGCAAAGUUUCGAUUUUCCAACCGACACUUUGUUACCUGGCAUGAAACUCGGUAAGAAUUUCGACACAAACACUGAGACAUACAUAAAUUCAUGGAAGGUAAAAGAACAAGACCCUUCCAACGGAGACAUAUCUUUCAAGAUGGAUUAUCAAGGUAUCCCAGAGAUUUUUCUCUGGAACAAAAACAGAAGAAUGUAUAGAAGUGGACCAUGGAAUGGUAAAAGAUUCUCUGGUGUACCAGAGAUGCAACCGGUAACAGAUUCGAUUCAAUUCAGUUUCGUCGAGAACGAGCACGAAGUUUACUACACAUUCACAAUCGGGAAACAAUCUUUAUUUUCAAGACUCGGCGUGACUCCAUCGGGCGAACUUCAAAGGCAGACAUUCAUAAAUAGCAGAAACUUUUGGAGUAAAUUCUGGUAUGCACCAAAAGACCAAUGUGAUAAUUACAAAGAGUGUGGUCCAUUUGGUGUAUGUGACACAAACGGUUCACCUGUUUGUAGUUGUAUAAAGGGGUUUAGACCCAAGAAUCGUCAAGCGUGGAAUUUGAGAGAUGGAUCUGAUGGGUGUUUGAGGAAUAAUGAACUGGAUUGUGAGAGUGAUAGGUUUUUGCAUAUGGUGAAUGUGAAGUUACCUGAGACGAAUAGGGUUUUUGUGAAUAGGAGUAUGGGGAUUUUGGAAUGUGGUGAAUUGUGUAAGAGGAAUUGUUCUUGUAGUGGUUAUGGGAAUGUUGAGAUUGUGAAUGGUGGAAGUGGUUGUGUUAUGUGGCUUGAUGAAUUGCUUGAUAUUAGAGUUUAUCCUGCUGGGGGUCAAGAUCUGUAUGUCAGAUUAGCAGCUUCUGAUGUAGAUGAUGAUGUGCUAAGAGAUGGUUCUGAUCACAAGACAGCUAAAGUUAUAGGCAUUAUGGUUGGAGGUGCAGCCAUUAUAUUUCUGGUGUUAGGAAUAUGUUUCUUGUGGAGGAAGAAAAAAUUAAAGUGUCUAUGGAAUUUGAAAGAGAAGAGAGAAAAAAAAGGUUCAUUAGAAAGAAGUCAAGAUUUGCUUAUGACUGAUGGAGUGUUUACAAGUAAUAGAGAACAAUCAAAUGAAACUAACAUGGAUGAACUAGAAUUGCCGUUUUUUGAUUUUAAUACUAUAACAAUGGCUACAAAUAAUUUCUCUCAAGAGAAUAAACUUGGACAAGGAGGCUUUGGUAUUGUUUACAAAGGUAGGUUGAUGGAAGGACAGGAAAUUGCUGUGAAGAGAUUAUCGAAAAAUUCGGGCCAAGGUGUUGAAGAGUUUAAGAAUGAGGUCAAGUUGAUUGUCAAGCUUCAACAUCGAAAUCUUGUUCGGCUACUUGGUUGCAGCUUUCAGAUGGAUGAGAAGAUGUUAGUGUAUGAGUACAUGGAAAAUAGAAGCCUUGAUGCCAUUUUGUUUGACAAAGCUAAAAGAUCUACACUAGACUGGCAAACACGCUUCAACAUUAUAUGCGGAAUAGCUAGAGGACUUCUUUAUCUUCACCAAGAUUCGAGAUUUAGAAUCAUCCAUAGAGAUCUUAAGGCAAGCAACAUUCUACUUGAUCAAGAGAUGAACCCAAAGAUAUCAGACUUCGGGAUGGCUAGAAUUUUUGGCACGAAUCAAACAGAGGCAAAUACAGUUAGAGUCGUUGGAACAUAUGGUUAUAUGUCUCCUGAAUAUGCUAUGGACGGAAUCUUCUCAGUGAAAUCAGAUGUUUUUAGUUUUGGCGUACUUGUAAUGGAGAUCAUAAGUGGAAAAAAGAACCGAGGUUUCUAUUCAGCAAGCAAAGAAUUAAAUCUUCUUGGUCAUAGUUGGAAGCUGUGGAAAGAAGGAAAUGCUUUGGAACUAAUUGAUUCGUCAAUUAUUGAUAAUUCAUAUUUACCAUCAGAGGUUCUUAGAUGCAUACAAGUUGGAUUAUUAUGUGUACAAGAGAGAGCAGAAGAUAGACCAACAAUGUCUUCAGUGGUUUUGAUGUUGAGUAGUGAAACAGCAACAAUAGCACAGCCAAAAAAUCCUGGAUUUUGCCUAGGAAGCAAUCCUAUUGAAACUGAUUCUUCAUCAAGUAAACAAGACGAAUCUUGCUCAGUGAACCAUGUUACUGUCACAAUGGUAGAUGGCAGGUAG